AAAUUUCGUUUUGGAAGUGAACGGAUUUUUCAAAGAGCAAGGUUUUUUUACCAAAUUCUGCGACCUGGUGAAAGAACACUCAAUCAGCAGCCUUUUGGACAACACGAUCCCAACUUGCUACCUGAUCAAAGACGACAAAUUUGUUUUCGAAGACUUGUCAACGAAAAACUACACUACUUUGUCUUCACGUGAGUGCUUAAGCCUUGACUGUGUCAAAUCGGCUCUCACGAGUUUGGCAAAAUUGCACGCCACUGGACUUAUCCUUGAAGAAAAAACCUCGUGCAAGUUGAACGAAAAACUGGCGAAGGAACUCGCUGAAGCCUUUUAUUCCGAUGUAGAAUCGGUGAGGACUAGCAUGGAAGCGUACAAAACCGGCGCUAAUGCCAUUAUUGACCUCUCACACGAGCCCACAAUGAAAAUUUCCAGCGGGUGGUUGAAGCAAAAAGUGAGCGAAGUUCUGGACUUGCAGAAAUUGUAUGUGACACCGUCGAGGAGAUUCCGCAACACGAUUUGUCACGGGGAUGUGUGGACGGGGAAUUUUAUGUUCAAAAUGGAGCAAAAAUCGAAAAAUUGCGUCCUUGUUGAUUUCCAGGCCUGUAGAUAUGGACCCCCAGCACAGGAUGUUAUGGCGUUUUUGCAUUUGACCACCAACAGGGAUUUUAGGGAUAAGCAUCGAGAAGAAGUGCUGGGGUUCUUCUAUAAGGAACUGGACGCGAGUUUGGACAAGUUUGGGCUUAAAAAUCUGAUUAAGAGGGAAGAGUUUGAUGAAAGUUGCCGCUUUUAUAAACGUUACGCUAUGGUCCAAGCUAUUAUACUAUUCCAAAUUGUCGUAAUGUCUGAAGAAGUCGCACGUGAACUGUUUGCGAAUCAGGACAAAGUCCUGUCGGUGUUUUUCAAGGAGAAAUACGAUUUUAUUACUGAAGUUUGUCAAAAGGACCCGAUUUUUAGGAAAAUGAAUUUUGAGGCCAUUGCCGAGCUUAGGGAAUUUUUUGAGGGUCAAAUGUAACGUGAAAUAAUUGUCGAAAUAAAUUUAUUUCCUACAAAUAA